AUGUCUUCGUGGCUGCCCACGCCUUCGACCGCUCGGCAUCUAUUCUAUGGCGUUCUCAUUGGCUUCGCACUUUCUCUUGGUGCAUCCACCGCUACCCAAUCAUAUCAGAAGCGAAAGCGUGAGCGGCUUGAAGCGGCUGAGCCUAGCUUGAGGCCCAUCGAGCUACGCAGUGACGAAAUUCUGGACGGAGUCUCUGGACUCAUUGGAAACACGCCGCUUGUGCGUAUCAACUCGCUAAGCGAUGCUCUUGGCGUAGAGAUACUGGGAAAGGCAGAGUUCCUAAACCCAGGCGGCAGCGUUAAAGACCGUGUUGCCCUACGCAUGAUUGAGGAUGCGGAGCGGCAGGGACUCCUCCAUCCUUAUACUGGUUCGCGCAUCUUUGAGGGAACUGUGGGUUCGACUGGGAUAUCUAUUGCUACUAUAGCACGCGCUAAAGGUUACGACACAACGAUAAUAAUGCCCGAUGAUGUUGCGCUGGAGAAGGUGAAGGCUUUGGAAGCGCUGGGAGCAGAGGUGCAGCGGGUACGACCGGCGAGCAUUGUCGACAAGAAGCAGUAUGUCAAUCUUGCCCGUGAAAGGGCGCUGCAUUUCACCAACACGCACUCGGAUGAAGAGCCACUCUCAUCUCUACCGCCGAAACACAAACAUCCAUUGGCCCUCAAACACGCAAACUCGGCCGUAGUUGUCACAACAGCCGAGACAGAAGAGAACGGUGACGCGACUGUGGACUCCACGCACGACGAAGAGGCACUACGCACCAAACCACGCGGAUUCUUUGCCGACCAGUUCGAGAACCGUAGCAACUUUGACGCGCAUUUCGACGGUACGGGCCCGGAAAUAUGGAGACAGACCAACGGGACACUCUCCGCGUUUGUCGCCGGAGCGGGUACGGGUGGAACUGUGGCUGGUACCGGCCAAUACCUGAAGUCGAUGGACGACAACAUCACUGUCGCUAUUGCCGAUCCCGAAGGUUCAGGGCUAUUCAAUAAGGUCAAACACGGCGUCAUGUACGACCGUCGUGAAAGCGAGGGCAAACGCCGACGGCACCAGGUCGACACGGUUGUGGAAGGCAUCGGCAUCAAUCGCUUGACGAACAAUAUCUCGCUCGCUUUGCCUAUCGUCGACGAUGCGUUCAGGAUAACGGACGAGGAGGCAGUCAGCAUGUCGCGGUUCCUUGUGCAACGUGAUGGGCUCUUCUUGGGCUCUUCGAGCGCGUGCAACCUUGUUGCGUGCGUAAAGCUCGUUCACAAGCUCGGGCUGGGUGAGGGCGCGCGUGUUGUGACGAUCCUGUGCGACUCGGGCAAUAGGCAUUACUCCAAGUUUUGGAACGACGAGUAUCUCGCGAAAGCAGGCAUCAAAGUGGAUGUAGGCAUUGUGCAGGAUAUGCUAACCCGAACUACGUUGUGA